UGGUUGGUUGUGUAAGUCUCCCUUUGAAACAAGCCUUGCGGUCUGGUGUCAGGCCUGCAUGUUAUUGUUUGUCUCCUCCACUUGCAUUUCUUGGUUCCCUCUGGGCAUCUACUCCGGUCUCCAAAGGGACCGCCUAUGUCCACGCACACCCAUCUCUGAUCCAAUCCCCUUUGCUUCCACGCACGAUUUUAUUUCACUUGUUUUAGAUGUCCUUGAUGUCCUUGAUGCCCUUGAUGCCCUUUCUCUGUUGAUUCCUUUUUGACUCCCUCCUGUGGCUGUUCUCAUGGAUCUUUCACCCCUCCCAUCAUGCUGAUGUCGCGCUCCAGCGUUCUACUGCUGAUCCGCAGUCUAGAUCGUCUGUUGCCAUGACGGACCCCACCGAUCUGAAUCUCGACGCCCCGAGCGAUCUCCAGGAUAUCCCGGAGAUGUCCAUGCAGUUGAUUCCGCCUCCCGAAGGCACCUUUCCGGACAAGGCUUCCCUCCUCGCCGCCGUCCAGGCGCAUGGCAAGGCGCAUGGCUACAAUGUCGUCGUCAAGUCGUCCAGUACCCCCACGGAAAAGAAACCGGGCCGCACGGCCAAGGUGUGGCUGCGGUGCGAUCGCGGCGGCCACUAUCGCCCGCGCAAUGGCCUAACCGAGGAGACGAGAAAGCGCCGGCGGACGUCCCGGUUGAUGGACUGCCCAUUCAUGCUUGUCGCCGCGGGCACCCCGGGUAUCUGGACGCUGAGCGUGUUGAACCCGACGCACAAUCAUGGCCCGAUGCUCGAGAAGCCUCGGCAAAUGUCGCAUCAUAAGGUGCGCAAGGGCCAGAUCGCGGCGCUCCCGUAUGAUUGGCCGCACGAUGCGAGCCUAACGCCGUAUACCACCGCGCUCGUCAUCAUUGACAUGCAGAAAGACUUUUGCGUUCCUGGUGGAUACAUGGAGUUUCAGGGGUGUGACAUUUCCCCCGCCCAAGCCCUGAUCCCCAAGCUCCAACAAGUCUUAGAUGUCUUUCGAUCGUCGGGUUUCCCGGUGUAUCACACUCGUGAAGGUCAUCGACCAGAUCUCUCUACACUAUCUAGUCGAGAGGCGUACCGAUCCCAGAAUAACUCCUCGAGACUCGGAAUCGGCUCUCAGGGACCUCUCGGACGUCUACUGAUCCGCGGGGAGAUCGGCCACGACACGGUAGACGAGCUGUACCCGAUCCCAGGAGAGCCUGUGAUCGACAAACCCGGGCGGGGGGCCUUUGCGCACACGGAUUUCGAACUACUCCUGCGAAACAAAGGAAUCAAGAACCUAGUCCUGGCAGGCGUUACGACAGACGUCUGCGUGGCGACGACGAUGCGGGAAGCCAACGACCGGGGAUUCGACUGCGUCGUACUGGAGGAUGGGACGGCAGCCAGCGAAUCGUCUCUCCACGUCAGCACGCUGGAGGGGGUCAAGAUGGAGGGAGGCAUAUUCGGGGCUGUGGCUAAGAUCGAGGACCUGGUGGGCGCCGUCGAGAAUUUCAAGGCGAAUGCGGCGAAGAAGCUGACGCCGCAGAUGACGGAUGAAUAGUAGGGUAUGGAUAUGGGGUUGUGGAUAUGGAGCGAGGCGUUUGGCUUGAUUAUUACUAUUAUUAUCUAGUUUUUUUUCUUGGUGAUGGCUGUUUCUUUGUCUGGGACUGGAGACAAGUUGCUGUUUGCACGUUGAGCGUUGCGAGUUGGUUAUAUACAGGUAGUCAAUAUUGGAC